GACUUGCGGCCAUGGACUAUUCCAUCAGCACCACAGUGCUCAUCCUCUCCUCCUGCCUCUGGGGUGUAGUCGCUCGAGAAUAUAAUUCUGUUCUCACCGUGCCAAAUGGAGGAUCAUGGGGUACCUGGGGGCGCAAACAGUUUUGCCGCAGCGGUUAUGCCCAUGGUUUCACAGUGAAGGUAGAGAAAUACCAAGGGGAUGGACCAAAGGAUGGUGGUACAUAUGUGAAUGGCAUCCGCUUGUACUGCACUGAUGGCACAGUAAUUUAUUCUAGAACUGGACCGUGGGGAACUUGGUCAAAACCUCAGUUUUGCCCCAGUGGCAACCUGAUUUCCUAUGUUAUGGAAGUGGAACUCCCUCAAAGGGAUAAAAAUAAUGUAGCAGUCACCAACAUUCAAUUCACCUGUAGCGAUGGGAACAGACUGGUGGGCAGUGGAACUAACAAGAGUUAUCCUGGCCCAUGGAGUCAUCACUGCACCUCUGGCUACAUAUGUGGGCUUCAAACAAAGCUGGGAGGUUGGCAAGGUGAGGAUGAUGACAUAGCAUUUAAUGAUAUGAAGUUCUUCUGCUGUACUGAACCAGAAGUGUUUCCCUCUCCUACAGUACAGUAUCCCCAUGGACUUGUUAGACAUGACUGUGAAUAAUAAUUAAAUCUGGAAGCGAAAACUGUGUGUUUCUUUAAAAAAAAAAUAUGGAUUACUAAAUUAUGUUUGUAUUAUUUUGAGAUGGGAGGUUAAUAAAAGAUUAAAGGAAGAACAA